AUGGCUGCCUUAGACAAGGAAGGACACUGGGAGACGGCUUGGGCCUUGCUGCGCCUCGCCGAAAAGGUCGAUGAGGUGAUGUGCACAGCUGUGCUGAGCGCCGCCAGGUCUUCGGAAGCUUGGAAUCGAGCUGCAGCCUUGCUCUACAGCAUGGCAGCAGGGCGCUUGAACCCAGUGGAUGCCAGCUUCAAUGCGGCGGUGACCGCUGCGUCCUCCGGCCACAGGUGGGCUUUUGCUAUGCGCCUGGUCCCCAUGGCUACUUCUUUCGGUGCAAACGCCUCGCUAGCGGCAAUGCGCAGAGCAUGGUGGAGGGCAUUGUCAAGGUUGGCGGCCAUGGAAGACCACAGUGUGCUGGUGGACUGCAUCAGCUACAACUCGCUCCUCGCGUCCCUGGCCUCGGAUGGCUGCUGGCGCUGGGCUCUUUCCCGUGCUCGGCGCAUGCAAGCCACGUCCCUGGAGCCCGAUGAGCAGACGUUGGGAGCCUGCCUCAGUGCCUGUGCCCUGUGCUGCCUCGCGAAGUGA